UUCACAUCCGAGACUUUGAAUUUACAUAAAUUAUUAGCCUCGUUCUGAAACUUCCUUUCUCUUGCCGGGGUUGACGAGUAGUCCACGCUUCUUUCAAGACCUUCACUAAAUACAAUAAUGCCAUAUCAAGGUGGUGGAGGAUAUGGUGGUGGUGGCGGUGGCAGUUAUGGAGGAGGUGGUGGUGGGGGUGGAGGACGUUAUGGUGGUGGAGGUGGUGGUGGAAGAGGUGGUCGUGGGGGUGGAAGAGGAGGUGGUGGUGGUGGAGGAAGAUACAAUGACGACGGUGACACAGAUCCCAAUGCUGAACAGUUCAGAAAAUUGUUUGUUGGAGGACUUAGCUAUGAGACAAAUGAAGAUGGCCUUCGUUCCCAUUUUGAAACAUGGGGUGAAAUUGUUGAUUGUGUUGUCAUGAGAGAUCCUAAUACCAAAAGGUCCAGGGGUUUUGGAUUUAUUACUUACAAAGAUUCUGCAAUGAUAGAUGAAGCCCAGUCCCACAGACCUCAUAAAAUAGACAACAGAGAAGUAGAAACAAAGCGUGCAAUGCCCAGGGAUGCUGCAGGAAGCAGCAACCAUCAAUCAGUAAAAAAAAUGUUUAUUGGUGGAAUGAAAGAUGAUACAACAGAAGAGCACAUAAGAGAAGUCUUCACUCCAUUUGGUGCCAUAGAAUCAGUUGACAUAGUGACAGACAAAAACACAGGCAAAGUCAGGGGCUUUGCUUUUGUCACAUUUGAAGAUUAUGAUUCAGUUGACAAAGCUGUUUUAAAAAAGAGACAUGAUCUGAAUGGUAGAAAAGUUGAAGUUAAGAAAGCAGUAUCAAAAGACCAAAUGGAAGGAGGCUCCAGAGGUGGUGGUAUGGCAGGUGGACGUGGAAGAGGAAGAGGGGACAGUUUUGGUGGUGGUUAUGCUGCUAAUGGAGGUGGUGGUGGAUAUGGAGGGGGUUAUGGAGGUCAGGGCUGGGGAGGCUCAGGUGGUGGAUAUGGAGAUUACAAUAGCAAUUGGGGUGGUGGCGGCGGCGGCUUUGGUUCCAACUAUGGUGGAGAUUAUGGUGGUGGCCCAAUGAAAGGGGGCGGCUACUCAGCUCGUGGACAAGGCCCAUAUGGAGAUAAAGAUACAAACAUUUUGUCGGCAGGUGGCUAUGGACAAGGCGGUGGUGGUUAUGGAGGCGGUGGUGGCGGUUACCGACGUUAAAGGUUUUGUAGCACUUGUUAAUAAAAGAAAGUUCAAUAAACAAGGGAAGGGAACCACUAGAAAUAUAGUGAACAGAAUUGUUGCACAUACUGAUACUGGUACAAAAAGGUUGAGGAUGGAGUCAUGGAUAUAGGAAACACUUUUGAACAAAAUGAAGAAAAACAUGAAAAAAGGUACCGGGAGUGCAGAGUGGCACAAGCUCAUUAGGCAAGCAUCUUUUUUUUUUUUUUUUAAAGACAUUGCUACUUCUUAAUAAUUGUACAUGUACAUUAUUUUAGUCAUUAUCAAGUGGGACAAUUUAAUGCUGGUGAUUGUCAGCAUAAUGGACCUCAUUCACCAAUCGUAAACAAACAACAUUUAGCCACGUGGUGCUCUUAUCUCUUCUAUAUAAUUUACGAUCUCGUUUAAUUCAUGAUGGUAGUCACGGGACAGCUUUUUUCAUUGUUUUAUCAAUAAGAUCACGUGACUAAAUAUUGUUUGUUUAUGAUUGGUGAAUGAGGUCCAUUAUGGUCUGAUUUUUUAAUAUGUGUGUACCAGUAUUUGCCUUAUUAUUUUUAAACUUGAAAAUAAACUGAAGUACCUGAAUAUACAUUUC